AUGAGCAGUAAAAAUUCUCAAUCAUCUUCAUCUCGACGACGUGAACGUGACAGGCGAUCAGAUCGAAGUAAAAGCCCUAGAAGGUCAAAAAAGGAUGGGCGGCGUAAACACGAUGAUUCCAGUUCAAAGAAUGAAAUACAGAAAGGAAUUGAGAAAGCUAAGAAUCGCUUAAAGUCAUCUCUAAACGAAGCAAUAGAUAGCGGAAGAAGUUUAGAGUAUUCUCAGGCCAUGCGACUUCGACAGGAUAAACAAGAUUGCCCGAAUCGUACCUUUCUUAAUUGCGUCCAAUCCGGACUGGGAGUUGAAAUUAUAUUUUUUUAUUACUUUUUAUUUUCCAAGUCUUCCACUACAACCAAAAGUUCUGAGAACACCACAAAUUUGUUUACAUCUUCAUCUACAACCCAUCACGAUCGUGCAAUGUUUGGACCACUAUGGGCGAGUAAACAAAUUGCUGAAAAGUCUAAAAAUAAAAAGGAGGUUGGCAAAAAACGAGAAAAGGAUGAAAAUAAAGAGGAGAAUAAAAAGGAAGAAACAACAACUGUCCCCCCGGCAAGCAGAUUUCCUUUGGCACAUGAAAAACUUUCUGAAGACCCUGAAGUUCGAAAUAAACGUUGGUUAGAAUUAUUUAGAGAAAGGAGAAAGAUGGCAAUUGAGGGGAUUUUGUAA